CACUUGAGGUCCACUAACGAAUCAAAUUGGCCCUAAAUUUUCUGAAACCCGUAACAUCUCUCUCCCUCUCCCUCGCCGUCUCCGUCUCAUGGCCAUGGCAGCUACGUUUGCAGCAGCAGCAAGACCAUGCUCAUCAUUUGUGGCAAUUACUCGCCAAAGAAGGGCCAAGCGAGUUGUCUUCAAUUACUCUGCUCAACCCGUUUCUUCAUCUUCUUCUUCAGAAUCAAGAAAGCUCAUUCUCUACUCCAAGCCCGGUUGCUGUUUGUGCGAUGGCCUCAAAGAAAAGCUCCACGCCGCUUUCUCUCUCUCUUCCCCAGACCAUGACUCCCUCCACGACAUCGAUUUGCAGAUAAGGGAUAUAACAACGAAUCCUGAGUGGGAGAGGGCUUACCAGUACGAGAUACCUGUGUUGGCCAGAGUCCUGUCUGAUGGCACUGAGGAUGAGUUUCACACUCUCAGACGUUUGAUGGCUCAACUUGAUUCUUCAUCUGCCUUAGCUCCUUCCUCUUCUGCCUCUUCCAACUUUGCCCACACAGGUAUUUCUGCUAGUGCACUUAGUGCCUUUUCGUCAUCUCCUUGGAUCAUUGAUUCCGAUGCUACCGAUCAUAUGACGGGUACUUCUAGUUUUUUCCAUUCUUAUUCACCUAGUUCUGGGCGAGAUAAGGUUAGAGUGACUGAUGGCACUUUAUCUUCUAUCUCCGGCAAGGGUUUUGUUCAUUGCACCUCUUUACUUUCGCUUUCAUCUCUUCUUCAUGUUCCUAAUUUUUCAACAAACUUACUUUCUGUUAGUAGCCUUACUACUGCUCUCAAUUGCUCUAUAACCUUUUUUCCGACUCAUUGUCUUUCAGGAACUGGCUACGGGGAAAAUGAUUGACAGUGGUAGAGCACAAAGUGGACUGUACUUUCUGGAUGCCAUUCCUGCAUCACCUUUGUCCUCUCAGGCUCUUCAAUGCACUUCUGGCUCCUCUGUUCGUCUUUUUCAUCAGUGGCAUCGCCGUUUGGGGCAUCCUUCCUUUAGCAUUUUAGAGAAACUUUUUCCUUUAUUAGUUCAUGAUUGUCCUAGGAAUAACUUUGUUUGUGAUGCUUGUGAGCUUGCUAAGCAUAAACGUACUUGUUAUCCUUCAAUUAAUAAAAGAAAUAUUUUUUCUUUUAUGCUUA